AAAGAAAACAGCGGCGCGGCCACGCGACGCCACCUCCUCCGCCUCCUCCGCCGCCGCCUGUCCCCUCCUCCGGCCAACACACACACUACCCCCGCCGUCUCGCCACUCUCCUCCGGCCGCCGCGUCCCCCGUAUCCGCUCUGUCGCCAACAGCACCGGGCGGCGGCGAUGGUGCCACAACAAAGGACUAUAUGUGAUUUCUUCAGUGGGGCUGUCACUAUCGCUCCUCAUGUUCAAUAAUAUUAAUUUCAGCAUUGGACCUCAUAGUCACCCAAGCCUCGCUUCAACCAAUCCACCCCUGCUUCGACUCUGCUUCUCUCUUUUUUUUUUCCAUUUUCUCUUAUUUAAUAAGCUAAGCUAAGAUUCUGAGUUUGCAUCCAUCUCAUUACACUAGCUAGCUAGCACAAUAUAAAAAUAGUUAAGGCAACUCUACUACAUAUCAAUCAAUUUCCCCUAAUGGAGAUGCCGCCGCUCCCCCCUGGAUACCGCUUCCACCCAACCGACGUCGAGCUCACCCUCUACUAUCUCAAGAGGAAGCUGCUGGGAAAAAAGCUGCUCUGCAACGCCGUUGCAGAAGUUGAUAUCUACAAGCACGCUCCCUGGGAUCUUCCAGCGAAAUCGUCCAUGCCGACCGGGGAUCUCCAGUGGUACUUCUUUUGCACCCGUGGCAGAAAGUACUCUGUUGGCCAAAGAGCUAACCGUUCAACCGAAGGUGGGUACUGGAAGGCUACUGGAAAGGACCGGCAGGUGGUGUAUGAAAAUCGCACUGUUGGGAUGAAGAGGACCCUGGUGUUUCACGCUGGCAAGGCGCCCAAGGGUACAAGGACCGACUGGGUCAUGUAUGAAUAUAGGCUCGUCCAAGGUGAAAUACCUGACGCUGGUGUUAGACUGGAUGAUUCCGUUCUCUGCAAAGUCCAUAAGAAGAGCGGUCCAGGUCCCAAGAUUGGGGAACAAUACGGCGCCCCAUUUGAGGAAGAGGAAGAGGAAUUGAAUGAUGCGAAUGGGAACGCUUCCUGUUUAUCCCCAUCCGCGCCCCCUGCUGCGCCCCAUUCCGCCCCUGGACCAAGUCACGGUGGCGUGUUGAACUCCGUGGGUCAAAAACUGGCCGCCGCUAGUCACGGCGGCGGGGAUUCCUUGUCUGUUUCGCCAGCAAAUAACGGCGGUACCAGUGGCGCCGGUCCUGACAGGGCCUCUUGUCUGGAUGUUAACUGGGACAGCAUACAUGUAGAGCAGUUAGCUGAUAUCAUCGGUCGUCUUUCUACAAAUCCUGUAAGCCAAGAUGGACAAUCGUCUGAUUUGACGACCGCUAACCAAGACACCGAAGCAGUUUUUGGUGACAGCGAAACAAUAUUUGAAAUAACGGACCAGAUCGUCCCUUCCUCACUGUGUAGCAGCCUUUGCAAGCAGUGUGACAAGUGUGGCGUGCGGCUGGUCGACCCUUUGCUGGAACCGGCGGCGGGAGAGCCAUACGUGGAGCUGAAUGACCUGUUGUCGCGGUGCCGUGCUGCCGGGCAGGUUGCAGAUGGCAGCAGCAGCCAGGCGGUGGUGGUGUCGAAUGGCGAGGGCCCUGUGCUGGAUCUGGAGCUGAAGCUUGGGGUUGAGUCUUCUGACAGCGUUGGCCAUAGUAGCGGCGCCGUGUCUGCGGCGGCUUCUGGGUCAGGGGCGCCGUCUAGCUAGAAGAAGUGGUGGUGUCUCUCUCUCAGGGGCAUGGGUAGGUUCUUCAUCGGCGUGAGACGGUGAAGGAUCCACAAGCAAGCGUUUUAAUUUUAUUGGUUCGGAUGAUGAUGAGGCUGAUAGAUAUGGAAGGAGGAGAAGAUGUGAAUAUUGGGAGCGGAGGGUCCCUUUCCCUCCCUCCCUUGAGUUUGUUUGGUUAGUGAUUGGAUUGGAUGGAGAAGCAUUGGUUUGGCUUGGUUGGUUGGCUGGAUGGACAAGUAAAAAAAGUUGACUGGUUGCAGGAGCGAGCAUAUACAGAGAAAGAGAGAGCAUGGUGGUGCUGUUUUGCAUUUCAUUAGAUUAGAUUAGAUUAUUCCUCUUGGCUGGGCUUGACUGACUGUAACAGCAGUGAGCACUGAGGUCUAGAGUGGAUUAAUCAAUGAGAAUGAGAUUAGGAGGCAGAUGUUGGUUGACUCUUGACUGUUUAAUUGUUUGGUUGUUUGGUUGUA